AUGGCAUUACCAUCCACGUACCAGCUGAAACACUCCCUUCCGAAUCGGUCCCCAAGUCAACGACCUCGAUCACUUUCCUUAUCUGAAUAUCAACCAUUGAACUUUGAUCGCGAUGCCUUGGAAUCAGCUUAUCAAGCUUCGCUAAACUUACCUUCGAGUCAUGCGAGCUCCAUCACCGGCCAUUCAAGCAGUUUCCGAGGUGCCAGUACCGAGACUGUCGAUACUAGUAUAUCAGGAAUGGCUAAUGGUACCGGUAACAUAACACCUAAAUCGAAUGAUAGUGUUUUGACACAUCCCACAGGCGCUUUCGCAGGUGUAGGUGCAGGACAUACGUUGACACCACCUCAAUCACCUUUACAUAUCGCUACGACAAAACUUAAUCAAGCUUCACUACUAUCCCCCGUACCAGGUUCACCACGUCCACCAACUCCUCCACCAAGACCUACAGAUGUACCUGAUACCACCUUUCCUGGACCUCCUCUUCCCCCGAGAAACGUGCAACAAAGACCAUCUCCGCCAGCUCUGCCCAUGAGAAGAAGCCAGUCGGAUGUGGAUAUAGCAGGUCAUCAACAGUGGGAUGGAGCAUACGAGUGGAUAGAAGGUGAUGGUCGUGGUAGAGGAAAAAGGAGAGCUUUACCUGCCGUUCCCACAAAUGUUCCUGCUCCUCAACCACCUCAAUGGGAACCAGACUACAAACCUCAAAUCCCAGCCGAGCUUACUGCUUCUUCAGCUUCCUACGCCUACGCUAGCUUAAGUGCACCUCCUCCAAAUCUACCGCCCAGAAAGAAUCAAAGGACCUUUCAAGUUUCGGAUAGACCUACAAUGGGGACGGGAACAAGUUCGUACGCUAAGAGUGCCGGCCCCUCUUCAAGCGCGGGACCAAGUAGCUCAAGACCUACCAUACCCUCUCAGCCAAGUGUAGGAACCAUCUUUUCAUCUGAGAAUAGUUCUUCUGGAUUUCCCAUGACUUCACCACCUCUCGGAGCACCUGAUUUCCCACCUAUCGCUGAGGAGCCUACGCAAAACGCACAGACACCUCGACCUCGCCGAGAUGCAGAGAAGGAAGUAUUGUUACGUGCACAAGACAGGAUGUUAAUUUGGUCAACUCAUUAUAUUGAUCCAGCUUUGAAACAAUCGCUAGUUCAGCUUCCACACCAAGUUACCAAUGCAGCUAAUAUAGCUUUGAGUGGAUUAUCCAGUGGGCCAAAGACGAGGUACGAUUCAACCAUAGGAGCGCCUAUUGAUGGCGUAGCUAAGAUGGCGAAAGAAUGGGUUGUUUCUCCAGAUGGAAGGUUCAUCAGUGAACAUGGUGGUAUUGAAUUGGGUUUGGGUAUCAUCAAUUCUCAAGGUGAUGGUUGGGGUUCAGAUAAAGGAAGAAGAAAAGCUAGAGUGGAAGUGUUUAGCAAAACUGGUGGAGUGAAGGUUGAUAUUGUGGAGUUGGACAAAGAUAGACAAAUCGAUUUGCGAAUCGAAACUAAAUCAGGCGACGUUUUGGUUUUACUCCCGGAUACAUUUCACGGUCCAGUACACAUCACAUCUUCUAGACCGCCCGAAUUCCUGUCCAUCAUCGAGCCAUUACUUAAACCAGUGGCAAACCCAUACUCAUCAUUCUACACCACCUUCAUGAUACCCCUACUACUUGCCAGAGAUCCCAAACAUUCAAAUCCAUCAGAGUAUACUGCGUCUAAGAAGGUUGAGAGAUAUGUCCCUGCAAGUUUCAGAGAACAAAGCGAUUUGUGGGACCAGGUUUACGGCGGCUUUGCCAGUCAUGUUAGAGGUGAACACAGCAAGAUGUCCAUUAAGAGUGAUAAGGGCAGAGUUGUGCUUGGCGUAAGGGAGAGCAAAGAUGAGAGGGAUGUAGAAGGAAUGGGAUUGAGAGUCGGGGUCAAAGGUGGUGAAGGGAAGAAAAGGAGGUGGUGGAGGAUGUAG